CACUACCAGGAAGCAGAAAAUCUGAUCCUGCUUAAACUCAGGCCUGCUUAAGCAGUUGUGUGUGCCAGCCUCUCAUUGGAGCAUCCAGCGUGAGGCAGAGCUUGUCAAUGUUCUCAUGGCUCAAGAAGGGAGCUGUAGCCUGAGAGUAUAUCUGGAGGACACAGGAGAGACCUUCAAAUUGAAGAAGUGUCACAGCAACAUGACGAUAGGGGAGCUGAAGACCGAUCUGGAGCUGGUAACUGGAAUCCCUAUUAACCUGCAAAGGCUCUACUACAUUGAUGAGGGGGAAAUGCCUGACAAUGCUACAUUAAAAUACUAUGGUGUCGUAAAAAAUUCAACUAUAAAAAUGAAAACCUGGCUUCAAGAUGGUUGGCGAGAGCUGCUGUAUGCAGCUGCACACGGCGAUAUUAAUGAGUUAAUAUCACUCGGAGUGACCACCGACACUAAGUACUCCACUCCAUAUUCGAGGAAACUGAAUGCCAGACAAAAGGAGGCCUGGAUUGCAGAACGUGCUUUUGUUGCACUCUUUAUUGCUGCUCACAGGGGCCACGUGAACACUGUCAAUUUUCUUCUGAUGAAUGGUGCUAAUCCGAAGGCCAAAACUGUAAGUGGACGCACUGCUCUCCACAUGGCUGUUGUCAUGGCCAGGUCUGAGUGCCUUGACCAGCUGCUGCUUCAUGGAGGUGAGGCUGAAGACCCUGAUGGUAAUGCUGAGUCGUUGAUGAGUCUGGCUCAUAUGACAGGACACCAGGGCAACGUGAGCAAGCUCUUCCAAGUCCAAUGGAUGAGACGGAAAACUGGCGUGAAGACUAAUUCCCUCAUGGACAAGUCAGUUCUCUUUGCUCACCAAAAGUUUGACUCCACAUUGAAGACUUGGCACAAGGGCACUUAUGGCACGGUCUACAUGGCCAACCUGGUGAAACCAGGUGAGCCACGAGCUGCCACUAGUAGUGUGCAGAAGAGCCUAGUCCAGAAAAACCGACCCACCAGCAUUGUCAGGCUGUCCGGGCACAGGAAAAGCAGUAAACAAACCCCAAAGCCCAAUCCGAUCAAAGUUAUAAGUGAAGCACAGGUUGGCAUAUUAACCACACAGUCCAGUGAUAGUUGGCAGAAAGAGGCUAAUAGCACCAAUUCUCAAGUAAACAACAAAGACUCCCUCAGGCAAGAUGCCUCCUUGUUAGCCAAUGUAAAGUUCAAACCCAGCAAAACAAAACCUCGAGAGGUCGGGCAGGCCAACCCAUCUUAGCUGAGGUAGAGUGGGGGCAGUGGCAGAAUGAAGGGUGAGGGGCAGAGCAAGGACAGAUCUUGGCAAUGGGUUGCUAGAGGGGGGAGAUGAUGAAGGAAGGUGGGAGAGAAGGUGAUGCCACUGCAAGGAGAGCUAGGGAGGAGGGAGGGGGAUAGGAUUGAGGAGAAGUGGGAGACUGAUGGGAGAGUGGGGAAAGAAGGAUGUGAGGAAAGCUUGGGAACAGAAUGGGGGGGGAUGGAGUAUCAGGGAAAUAGGAGGAUGGCAGAAUGGGAGGGAUGAGUGGGAGGGAAAAGUGAAAAAUGGGGGAGACUACAGAGUGGGGUGGAGAAGAAGUGAGAAGGAGAGGGAGGAUUUAUUUGGAAGGAUUAUGGAGGAGGGAGGGGGAUAGUGUAUGUUCUUCUGGGCUGCCAUGUGUUGAUUGGUAAAUGGCUUAGUACAGUGCAACCCCUAGUUCCAAGAGCCAUGGAACCACAUCCCCACCGAGGCCAUUUCUCUGCCCAGGUCCAUCGCUACCUGUUCAAUUACAGAUGGAGGGGACAGGCUACCAAAAUGCUGCCACCACAUACCCAGUCCUUUGAC